UCUUCAAUUCCUGAAAGAUGGGAGAGGGAGGAGGGUUGCCAUCUUAAAGGUCUCUCUGUGGCCAUCUUCUGUGUUCCUCGGAUAAAUCACAAAUGCUUUACUAAAAUCACAGCAAACGCUAUCAGUAACACUUCUGUGUUCUAUAACUUUAGUAACUUAAACGAAGGAAAUGAAGGCAAUCAAUGGCCUGUUCUUGGUGAAGCCGUAUCUCUUUCCGACAUCUUCCUUUUUUAGCUCCUCUAAUUAUCUCGAAUAUUCCAUCAACAGUUGCUGGAGUUUGCAGUCCAUUGUUUCCAAGAGUCCCACGGGUGGAUGGUGCCACUUCUGUGUUCCAAUGUUCAGCCGCCAGCCCCAGCACGUUGGCCAUCCUUCCCAGCCGGUGCUGUCUUACAACUGGACAGGCCUUAGUCAAAUCCCCUUUAGGGUCGUCGUUCUCGGGGUCGCUCACAACGUUUGGCGGCUCUGUCCCAGCCCUGAGACCGCGACCCUCCUUUGCAGGUGGCCCCUCAUUUCCAGCCUUCUCUCUCCCUCCUCUAGGGCCAGAGGCAGGGCAGCCUCAGGGCUGGGAUUGGGGAAGGGAAGGAGCAUUUAUGUUGCUCCUACUGUUUGCCGGGCGCUUUACAAACGACCUCACUUGAUUUUCACGACAGACCUGUCGCGAUUCUCAAAGAUGGGAACACUUCGACAGGCUGAUGUGAAGGUGGCUUGCCAUGGGUUUGCAUUCACACCCAGGUCUUCCUGACUUCCCGCGCUCGGUCCAGCCCCCGGCCAUAGCAGCGAGCGCAGCUCACUUGUGUGGUUUGCUUCCAAGGCGGCAAAGAGCUUCUUUAAAGAGCUUUAAAAGGGAGACGGGAUCGAUAGAGACUGGCCGGAGGACUGACGAGGCCCGCAAGUGGUCACCCGGCCAAGGCCAAGGCCGGUUGCGGGGGGUGGGCGGGGAGGUGGGGGUGUUAGGACAAGAGAGGCUGCAGGUGAACCUCAGGGGAGUUGGGUCUGCAGCAGGUCCAACUCUGGCUCCUCUACAGCGGCCCCGCCUCCAGUCAGUACGCAGGCGCACACGAGACACUCUAACGGGGCGCAGAGCCUUCUGGGAAAUGGAGUCCGGGGACGCGCCCGGUAGAGCGGACCACGUAGGGGCGUCGCUCGCCUUCGGACGCCUGGACUCCGUCUCCCAGAAUGCGUCGGGAACUCCUCCUGCCCGUCCGGGACGGAUGCCGCAGCGCCCGGUGUACGCCGGGAGUCGUCCUUCCGCGUCCCGGCCUCGCUGUGUUUCCGGCCGUGGGAGCCAGGUCCCGCAUUGUACCGAGAGUCCGGACGGCGGGACUGGGCUUGGUGGAAGCUCUGGGAGUGCGCAGGCGCAGCACCGUCCGCGCGCCCCCUGGUGGAGCUGGUAAAGGAGGUAGCGCGCCCCCGGCGCCCCCUGCGGUUCAAGCUCCUCAAUACUCUGUUAUUUCCCAAGAUUGUUGCAUAGAGGAUGAGGAGGGGGCGACUUCUGGAUUCCUGAUGUCUAGGUUUCAGAAACCGGUAACAUUCAAGGAUGUGGCUGUGGAAUUUACCUGGGAGGAGUGGAGACAUCUGGAGCCCGCUCAGAGAGACCUGUACCGACACGUGAUGGUGGAGAACUAUGAGAACUUUGUCUUCUUGGGGCUGCCUGUUUCCAAACUGGACAUGAUUUCCCUGUUGGAGAGAGGAGAGGCACCAUGGAUGCCCAAGGGAGAAGUGCCAAGGAGACGCUGUCCAGGUUCCCAUACUCAGGAGAUCAGAUGUGAAACUCAGGAAUCAAAGUGGAAACGGGGCAUUAGCACAGGAAUAUCAUCUAAGAAAAGGCUAAAGGAGGACAGCUCCUUUCAUUAUGAAAUGGGAGAAACUGGAGAAUAUCAUGUCAUUUUAGAAAUACCAAAAGGGAUAGGAUCCAGACAAGUAGCAGGCACUCACAGAACAACAUUUAACAUAGUGAGUCUACCUCAGUGUAAUACUUUCAGAAGUUUUAGCCAAGGGUCUGGAUUUGCUUCACCAUGGAGUAGUGCUAUGGGGGAAAGUUCCCAUAAAUAUAAGACACUUGGUAAAAGCUUCAGGGGGAUUUCAGACCUAAUUAAAUGUAAUACAGUCUCCAUAGCAAAGAACCAUUAUAACACUUACAGGAAGCCCUUCAGUUACCACUCAGAUCUAAUUAAAUUUCAUAGACUACGUGCUGGAGAAAAGCUACAUGAAUAUAGUGAAAGUGGAAAGGCCUUUGGCAGAAGAUCAAAACUUACUGAAUAUCAGAGAAUUCAUACUGGAGAAAAACCAUGUGAAAGUAGUAAAUGUGGAAAAACCUUCCCUGACCAGAGACCCUUGAUGACUCAUGAAGGAAUUCAUAUUAAAGAGAAACCUUUUGCCUGUGAUGACUGUGGGAAAGCCUUCAGCAAGAAGGGACACCUUAUUAGCCAUGAGAGAAUUCAUACUGGAGAGAAACCUUUUGAAUGUAAUGAUUGUGGGAAAGCCUUCAGCAAGAAGGGACACCUUAUUAGCCAUGAAAGAACUCACACUGGAGAGAAACCCUUUGAAUGUACUGAAUGUGGGAAAGCCUUUAUCCAGAGGGGAGACCUUAAUAGACAUCAGAGAACUCAUACAGGAGUGAAACCUUUUGAAUGUAAUGAAUGUGGCAAAACCUUUGGGGAGAAGGGAGCCCUUAUUAGACAUCAAAGAACUCAUACUGGAGUGAAACCCUUUGAAUGCAAUGAAUGUGGGAAAGCCUUCAGUGCAAAGGGAACCCUUAUUAUACAUCAAAGAACCCAUACAGGAGUGAAACCCUUUGAAUGCAAUGAAUGUGGGAAAGCCUUCACAGAAAAAGGAGCCCUUAUUAGACAUCAAAGAACUCAUACUGGAGUAAAACCCUUUGAGUGUAAUGAAUGUGGUAAAACCUUCAGUAGGAAAGUAUACUUUAUUAACCAUCAGAUAAGUCAUACUGGAGUAAAGUCGCUUAUUUAUAAUGAAUAUAGGAAAACUUUCAGUCCAAAUGUAUACCAUAAUAAUCAUCAGAUAUCUCAUCUUGGAGUGAAGUCUUUUGAUUAUAAUGAGUGUGAAGAAGACCUCACUCUGAAGGGAUACCUUGAAAGUCAUCAGAGAACUCACACAGGAGAGAAAUCUUUUGAAUAUAACGAAAGUGAGACAGUGUUCACUGAGAAGGGAAAACCUAAUAGACAUCAGGGCACACAUACUGGAGUCAAACCCUUUGAAUGUAAUGAAUGUGGGAAAUCCUUUAUUGCCAGAGGAAGCCUUAUUAGACAUCAAAUAACUCACACUGGAGUGAAACCUUUUGAAUGUAGUGAAUGUGGGAAAGCCUUCAGCCAGAAAGUACACCUUAUUAAACAUCAGUUAACUCAUACUGGAGUGAAGCCCUUUGAAUGUAAUGAAUGUGGGAAGGCCUUUAGUUUGAAGGGUCUCCUUGAAAGACAUCAAAGAACUCAUACUGGAGAGAAACCUUUUGAAUGUAAAGAAUGUGGAAAAGCCUUUAGUUUGAAAGGACACCUUGAAAGACAUCAGAAAACUCAUACAGGAGAGAAACCCUUUGAAUGUAAUGAAUGUGGAAAAGCCUUCAGUGAGAGGAGAACCCUGAUUAGACAUCAGAGCAUUCAUACUGGAGUGAAGCCUUUUGAAUGUAAUGAAUGUGGGAAAACCUUCAGAGCUAGGGGAACCCUUGUAAGACAUCAGAGAAUUCAUACAGGUGUAAAGCCUUUUCAGUGUAAUGCAUGUGAUAAAGCUUUCUCUCGGAAGGAUGAACUCAUUAACCAUCAGAGAACUCAUACUGGAGAGAAACCCUUUGAAUGUAAUGAGUGUGGAAAAGCCUUCAGUCAAAAAAUAUACCUUGUUAACCAUCAGAUAACUCAUACUUGCAUGUUAUAUCCUCCCAGUACAACAUGGUUAACUUCUCAGCAUUAGUGGACACCCUAUUUACCUAUGAGAUAAAUUAUCCUGAUGAAAAACCUCAUCUAUUUAAUGUAGGAAACUCUUAAGAAACAGUGAAUUAAUGUGAAAUACAAAGAUUCUCAAUUGUAUGAUGAUGGAAAUUCAUCUGGGAUGUUGUAAACUCAUAUACUAUGAUCUAUGCUAAAGAAUAAAUGUGUAGAUGUGAUAUGUGGGGCAUAGUCAUCUUUUGUUGAAUACUGGAGAGUUAAGUUGGUAAUGAAUGUCACCAGCUACCAUAUUGUUUGGAGCUCUCAGAGAUUAAAAAAUGAAUGUCCUUCCUUGCCAGUCUUUGCUGUAACACACCAAAGAUGUCAGUAGGUGGCAACAGAGCUUCCUAAAUUUAUGGAUCAAAUAUGCAUGAUUUGGGUGUUGUUUUUUUAAUUAAACAUUUUGGCAAAACCACUUAAAUUUCUUAUACUAGAUCAGUUCUCUCAAUUUUGUUUUGUUUUUUAUUCCAAAAUUAACUGAUUAUUAACAAAAACAUUUAAGUUUGAAAAACAUUAGCAUCUAUGAAACAAUAAUCUUUAUUUAUACUUCAUUAAAAUAUUUGUAUAUUUACUUCCACAAGAUAACAAAUGUUUGUUUGCUUCCUCGUUGCCUUCUGAAAUCUUUUUUUUUUCAUGCAUUUUUCUAGAUGAUUUUGGUGUUUACACAAAAUUGGAGUAUGUUUUUUUCUCCCUCUAUGUUCUUAACUCUGCAUUAUUUCAUGUAAAUUUUAUGUAAAUUUCACGUAAAGAUUCAAAGAUGGAAUGACACAUAGUCCUUGGGAUUAAAAGAAUUUAUAAUCUGCCAAGGGAAAUAACUUUCUCACAGACACCUUUAAAAGAAGUUAAAAUGGCAAAAGAGAAGGCUAAAAUGAGUGUUAAAGUAUUCUGGGUUCAAAACCAUCCCUGCCUAUCCCUGGGACAAGUUUCUAUCCAGUUCAUAGGUUGUGUUUCCAUUUUGCAGUGCUACAACCAGCUGUCUGCAUUUUCUCUCAGGCACAAGCACCCCUAGGGUCAUGGAAUCAUCAAGGUUAUAGCCAAAGAGUUUAGUGAUCAUGUUGUCCAGCCACCUCAUUGUAUGAAUGAGGAAAAUCAGGUCCCAGAAGAUGGGAGCUGUCCAAGGUCCCAAAGGCAGCUCUUACUGAAAUUAGUAGUUUUGAUUCUACUGAGAUCAUGGGCUUCCUUCCAAAGUCAUAGCCCCUGUUAAAUGAAUAUAUGGAUCACCUGGAUUUGAUAGAGGUACUUUAUUAUCCAAAAGUAUUUUUUAUGAAACCCUGGGUUAAUAGGAGCAAAAUGUCCUUCAACUGAACUCCAAACCUGAACCCAAAUAGCUAGCAAAUAAAAGACCCUAUCUAGUGACUUUUUUUCCCUCCAGAUAGUAAGUCCCUAUCUUAUGGUAACAUCUGGGUGUCCUCAUCCUUGCCAAACCCUUUUUUGGAAUCCUGUAGUUUUAUCAUGAUGCUU